UUCCCUUCCCCACGCCGGGACGUCGGCGCAUGCGUGUAUCUCCCAGGACUUGGAGUAGCUGCCCUUGGGGCGGGACAAGGGGUGAUCAUGGCGUCUAUACUGGUGAAGGAAUACUGGGACGUCCCCGAUGGCACUGAAUGCCACCGCAAGACCUAUGUCACCACCAAGAUGGGUGCCGCCGUUGGCUUGGCGGCAUCUGCCUACCACCUUGUGUUUUUUCCACCUGAAUCGGUUGCUGAGGGAAUGUUAAGGGCUGGGAAGUUGACGUUCUCCAUGGCUGCAGUAGGUGCCAUAUUCGGGAUUACUUCCUGUGUCAGUGCUCAACUUCGAGAAAAACCAGAUGAUCCCUUGAACUACUUCUUUGGUGGCUGUGCUGCAGGCCUGACCCUCGGAUCCCGAAUGCACAACUAUACCACUGGGGCAGCAGCGUGUGUGUACAUGGGCGCCGCCGCUGCCCUUAUGAAGAUGGGCAAAAUGGAAGGUUGGAAGCUAGCCAGCGGGCCCCGAGUCUGAGCCAGCAAUGCCUUCGACAGGUGUUUUGUAAAAAAAAGAUUGAUAUAUAGUAACCUACUUCCUGUUUCCCCAGAGUUUCCUCAUUCUACCUUCAUGUUAAAUAAAAACUUUGAGACAA